AUGGACACAUCGCACAAAAUUGUCGAUUACCACAAUUCAGACAAAACUUUGAUUCGAGAGACCAAGGGAGAUUUACAGGCCAAGGAGGCUACCACAGUCGAGGAAUUUUUUUUGGACGAGGCAAUUUCCAAAAUUCAGGACAAGGCCGCGGUUCUAAUAGUAACAGCUCAAGGACUCAGCCAUACUGGUCACCCGACCAAAACCAAUGCGGAGGAUUCAACAGACGUUUUGGAAAUCGAGAACGAGAAGGAUACGAAAAUUAUGAAUUAA